ACGUGACCGGAAGUGGCCAAUCAACAAAGGCGUUCGUUAACUUCUCCUGCCAAAAUUCGCAUUAUUUCUUUCAACAUAACUCAAAUUUGUAUUAUAAAAAAGCUGUUUUACGGAGUAGAAAUUGCUUUUGAAUUUUACAUAAAGGAAGUAUUGCAAGAGGAUCUUCCUGUCUUUUGCCAAAAAAAUGUGGAAGAUGUCGUCGGGUAAUCAAUCGUUAAAGAUUGCUUCUUCACAACAAAUUGAUAAAAUAAAGAAUCUUCUAACUGGACUUGGUAAACCUACGAAACGAGGAAUAAGAAAAUGCCCAAGUUGUGGGACAUUCAAUGGGACUCGAGGAAUUUCGUGUAAAAAUAAAGCUUGCAAUGCUGUAUUUAAAGAGAAAAAUUUUAAAAAGGAGAGAAGCGCUGACGCUGUUAAGCUGAUAUCAGGAUCAGGAGCUCAAAUAUAUUCUGUCAGAUUAAGAGAUAAAGGUCAGGACAGUCGGGGUUUUGUUGAACUACCCAUUAUCCAUGACAACGAGGGUCAAACUUUGAACAGGGAAGAUGUUGCUAUAGACGAAAGAGUUAUUAUGGAGGCUGCAAGAUGUUAUGUGGAAAAUUGUCCAAGAUCAAUGGGCAUUACAAAUGGUAUAUCCUGCGUUCAUAUCAAUGCUGCAAUAAACUGUAAAUUAUUUGCGGAAUCAUUAACUUUUAAAAACAACAUUUUGGAAUCCCUUCCCGCUGACGAAGAAGUUAAACGUUUAAUAUUUAGUAUGGCCACUGAAUUACCUGGUCCUAUUGCACAGAGAGUGACCAAAAAUACUAUGGUUGUCAAGUGCAUGGCAACAGAAAAGCAUCCUUUGGGUAUUUUGCAUGUCACUUUUCCUGAUUUAAAUAAGAAAGACUCUAGAUAUUUGUGUGGCUGUAAAGAUAAAAAAGUACCAAACGAUGAUAAACGAUGUAUACAUGUCCUCUCUUGUGUAUGUUGUUUUAUUAGUGAUGAAAAAUUGAAUUUGGAGUUUGAAAAUUGUAUCAAACAUGUGUUAUCUAGUCCGGAAGCCUGUAUAGUAGUCUAUACAAAUGAGGUUGAGAAGGAGCAUCAAGUAACUUUAUCAGAAGAGACAAUGAAUGCAACCGAAAUGAUUGACGAUGUUUCUAUCAACGAACAAACAGAUGACAGUAAAACAUAUAUGAUUAUCGACGAUCAAGUAAUUGGAGUGGCGGAAAUUAAUCAACUAGAAGAAGAACCUGUUGAAAAGAAAAUGAAAACGAUAUCCGUGGAACAAGAUCUUAUUCAGCACAUCACUAGCUCUGAGAGAGUUGGAGAACUAAGCAGUGGUGAAAAAUCAGAUGAUUCGGACAUUAAUAGAGUCCUUGUCGAAGAAGAUGACGUUGCAGAAUUCCAAAAUCCGUCUUUAUCUUCUCCAAUGUCAAAUGUUAUACCUGUUCGACCAAAACCGGUUCAGUUGAAAAUGCCGCGGAAUGCUCCUCCAAGAACAUUAACUCUUCAAACAUCGAGUUUACAUACAGCCUCAGUUCUAUAUGAACAAAAUUUAAGCUAUUAUGUAAAUAAACAAAUUUUGCCCCCAAAUAGUUCAAAUCUUCAAGAAGAUGACCUACACAUUUCUUUUCUUACUUGGCUCAGCGGCGUGACAGAGAGAAUAAACAGCACUAUGCACUAUCAAUUCUCAGUAAAUUAAUUACUUCUAUCAUUCCUUAUUGAAAUAGGAAAACCGGAUCCUAUAGUCGUCCAAGUUCCUCACGUCUUCUUCGAAGCCUUUCAACAAAGAAUUUCAAUAGGCAAGAAGAAGCGUUUACCAAACACAACGUGUAUAGAUAGCCGAAAGGAGUCGCCGCCAAUUGGAAACUUUACUCGAUUUACUUGGCAUUUGCAUAAUAUUCUGCACGUCAAGUGUAUAUUUGAUACACCGCAAGUUAGUAAUGUAUCCUUUAAUUCUCUUUUACCCUAAUUAUUUUCCCUUCUUUCUCUACCGGAUACCGAGCUUGUUACUAGAUGAAGGAGAACGCAUUAUGUUUCUCUCGAGACCAAUUUAUCAAUUUCCAUACAUGAAAAACUUGUAGACUCAUGUUUAUUAUUCGAGAGCAGAUUUGACUUUAAGCGGAAGAAAAUAUUACGUCUAGGGAAUUACAGUUUUUUCAUGAUUAAAUUAUAACGGUUAUUUAACCAUUGCACAUAAUACUUACUAUGCAUUCGUAGAAUUCGUCUAUAUUUUUAUUUAAAGAUCAACAGAGUUUUAGAGUUUAAAGGCUUUUUUCUAAUUUUCCGCCUCCUUUUGCAGGUAUUACUCGACAUUUCUCGUUGCUAUGUUGAAAAAGAUGGCAAUUUCACCUACCUAAACGAAUCUCAAAGAAAUCUUGAGCAAUCUUCGAAGUCUAAGCAAACAAAAACUGUAGAAUUAAAAACAUACUUGAAAGUUGGAUUCACAGAGGCUGACCAGAAAGACUCUACACCGUUUAUAAUUGAAUGGAUGCCCGAUCUCUGGCCAAAAUGCAAGAUAGGUGAAAUGAGAUUAAUCUUUGAAUUUGGUCAUAUGAGAAAUGGUGUGAUUGAACGUCCGACCAAUAGAAGAAGUACGAAAAUUGGGAUUAGGAAUUGAAAUAAUUUUUUAUUUUCAAAAAUAAUUCAAGAGAUUUGACUGAAACUUCAAUUAAAUAAACUGGUUUUAUCAUUGUUUGUUUGAUGACUUAUGUUGAUAAUAAACUCAAAUUAACAGCAUAUAGAAAC